CCCCGAGGGACCGUGACAGGCCCAGCCAUACAUUCGCCAGACUCCAACCAUGGGCACCAAGAGAACCGCCUCCGAGGCCCGCCAGGGCUUCCGUGGAAACAAGCCCUCGAACCACAAGGCGAAUGGCUAUAAAGGCAGGAAUGACGGCCCGCGCGGCAGGAAGCCUGCCAUGGACGGGGAGAAGAAGGCUCUGGCUUUCCAACCGCGUCCCGAUUGGCACACCGCCGAACUCCCAACUCUUCCCGUACCGGAUCAGAUCGAAAAACCGCCCUCUCGUGCCGUGCUUGAAGAGCUCCAACAAUAUGCCGAUUCCCUUCUGGACGCCGAGAACUCCAACUAUUCUUCCAAAAACAUGGCCGCCGACUCCUCGCACAAGUUCUUGUCGACUAUCAUGGCUUCGGGUACCCUCGAGGAUAAGGUCUCUGCUUUGACCUUGCUGAUCCAGGAAUCGCCUCUGCACAAUGUGAAGGCGUUUGAAAACUUACUGGGAAUGUCAAAGAAGAAGAGUAGGAACCAGGCACUUAUGGCGUUGGGUGCGUUGAAAGAUUUGCUUGGUGCAGGUGUUGUGUUGCCGCCAGACCGGAAACUGAGAUCCUUCCUGAAGCAGCCGGGUCUUCUCAGUGUUUUCUCGGGCAAGAAUGCCAACUGGAAGAGUGGUGACCGUUUGCCUCCCGGAGUCGACGAUGCGCAUCUGGUGGCCUGGGCAUACGAGGACUGGCUGAAGCGGACAUACUUUGACCUGCUCAAGGUGCUUGAAGGAUGGUGUAACGACGAAGUGCCGUAUGCGCGGAGCCGGGCGAUCACCAUGGUCUGGGAACUGCUAAAGGAGAAGCCGGAACAGGAAGAGAACUUGCUUAGGCUUCUCAUCAACAAGCUCGGUGACACGGACAAGAAAAUCGCGUCGCGGGCGUCCUAUCUGCUUCUCCAGCUGCAGAUUUCCCAUCCGGUCAUGAAAGGUGUUGUGAUUAGUGCGAUUGAAUCCGACCUCCUUUUCCGGCCGGGCCAGAGCACGCAUGCGAGAUACUACGCUAUCAUCACCCUCAACCAGACGAUUUUGAGCCUGAAGGAGCAAGAGGUGGCAAACAAAUUACUGGAAAUCUACUUCAGCAUCUUCCUUGCUUUGCUCAAGCAAUCACCAAGGCCGGGAGAGGAGAAGAAGCAAAGCCAACAGGGUGGUGGCGGUAAGGCCGGGAAGAAGGCUCAGCAGAAGGCAAAAGCAAAGGCUAAGGCGCAAGAGAAUGCCGAUGCGAAGGAUGUGGAAUUUAACGACAAGAUCAUCGCUCAAGUCUUGACUGGCGUUAACCGCGCCUUCCCUUACGCAAAGACCGACGACGCUACUUUCGAAAACCAGCUCGAUACUAUUUUCCGCGUCACGCAUUCGUCCAACUUCAACACCAGCAUCCAAGCCCUGAUGCUUAUCCAGCAGAUCUCCUCGACGAAGCACUUCUCCGCCGACCGAUUCUACCGGACACUGUACGAGUCGUUGCUGGACCCCCGUCUACUGACUUCGUCAAAGCAGAUCUUGUAUCUCAACCUUUUGUACAAGUCGUUGAAGGCGGAUGUCAGCAUCAAGCGCGUCAAGGCCUUUGUCAAACGUCUCUUGCAGAUUAUCACACUCCACGAGGCCCCCUUUGCGUGUGGUGUGCUAUAUCUCAUCGCCGAGCUGCAGACCACCUUCCCUAGCAUCAAGAUUAUGCUUGCCACCCCUGAGGUCACCGAGGACGAUGAGGAGGAGCACUUUGUUGACGCUCCUGAAGAUGGCGAAACCGACGGCGCGGCGGCGGAGAAUGCAGCCGCCUCGAGAGAAGUUGCUGCACCAACUUCAGAAGCGCCGCGAUAUGAUGGUCGCAAACGCGACCCCGAGCAUACAAAUGCUGACCUCGCCUGCCUGUGGGACAUUCUUCCCUUCCCGCAACAUUUCCACCCCUCCGUUUCACUCUUCGCUUCUCGCCUUCUGAACCAGGAGGAAAUGCCGCCCAAGCCUGACCCGACCCUCCACACCCUCAUGCACUUCCUCGACCGAUUCGCCUACCGCAACGCUAAGCAGAAGACGUCUGUCGGCAAGGGCGCAAGUAUCAUGCAACCUAUGGCCGGCGCUAGCACGGCUGACUUGCUCAUCAAAUCACGGGAUGGUGGUCGGACGGAAGCACCGCUCAACUCGGAGAAGUUCUGGCGCAAGCGUAUUGAGGACGUUGGUGCCGACGAAGUCUUCUUCCACCAGUACUUCGAGAAGAGUGGCAAGCGUGCGGCAGCAGACAAGAAGAAAAACAAGGCCAAGAAGGCAGCAGACGAUGAGGGCAGCGAGGAUGAGGAGGGAGAGAUCUGGAAGGCGCUUGUGGGCAGCAGGCCGGAGAUUGAAGGUGAUGCGGACGAGGACGAUGAGGAUUUGAGCGAGCUGGAAGAGGCGAUGGGCGACGAUGACGAUGAGGACAUGGACAUGGGCGAGGACGAAGGCGUCGAGAUCAACAUGGGCGACGCACCCUCAGAAGACGAAGACAUGGCAGAGGAUGCCGGCGCCGAAUCUGAUGACGGGUUCGACGCGGCUGCGCUGGAGGACGGCGACGAAGGCGCCUUUGUGGGCUCCGACGAGGAGCUGCCAAGCGACUUUGAGGGCUUCGGCGCGGGCGAGGAGGAGGGUGAGGAGGAGAGGCCGAGCAAGAAGAGGAAAGGCGACGACAAGAAGAAGAAGAGGAAACUCAAGAACCUGCCGACGUUUGCGAGCGCCGAGGACUACGCGAAGCUGCUCGAGGGCGACGAUUCGGAGUAAGGCGGUGUGUAGAAAAAGUGACCUGGGGCGUGGCUGGGGAAAAUGGUAUAAGAAUAGGCGUUGCGCACAUGUUUCUGGCUGUGAUAGGAAGGGGUUUCUCUUUGUUGGAUACCACGGUUGUGUUUAUGGAGGUGCAGCAAGAAUGUAUGCAUGUGCUCCUGCAG